ACACUUUUAAUCCAGAUCCUGAGCUGUGAAGACACACCUUUAAUCCUGGACACACCUUCUGCUGGAGGUAGAAGCAGGAAGGCUUUCCUACUUGUCAGCUGUCCUCACCUUGUUCACCCAUCCAUCCCUACACUUGUAUUGGAGCCCACUGUUUCCAUGUCCAGCCGGUUGAGAAGACCAGCUGAGACGACCUGUGUUUUGGGGACUGAAAAACUACAGGACUAUUGAACUUUUCACUUUUAGCUAACUAUUGUUGGAUUAACAAGACUGCAGCCUUUGAGGAACUUGAAGAGUUCCAAGGCCUUCUGUGAAGUCUAUAUGGAGAUGGCAGAAAAAGAAAACACAGGUGUUUCCCAGCCAGUACCCUGCAAUACCCAGCCUUCCCCUCUGGAGUCCAGCCAGCUUGUCUCAGGUCAGAGCUCAGAGAUGCCUACCUGGAAACAAACAGUGAUGGUAUCUGCAUCCUGUAGCACACAGGAGAGAGCCUGUACUCAGAACUCAACAGUAAACAUGGGAAAAGUCAUUGAUUUCUAUUUUGGAGAGCCAGGUGAGACUGCUUCUGUAAACCAGCAAGUUGUGUCUGCUGAGCAGAAAAAAAAUCCCCUAAAUCCCCUCAGCUUAUGCAUCUCAACAGCACCACCAAGACAUGCCUCCCUGCUGGAAAGAAGAUAGCAGUACUUGAUACCAGGGAGACUCUCUACAGAAGAAUCCUGGAUGAGGACACUGAGCCCUGACAAGAAUCUCUUUAUCAAAACUACAGGCAUGUGUGAGAGUCAGAGGAUUGCCUUUGAUAUUCAUUAAAUUGCUCUCUCUGGAAUCUGUCCAGACCAGGAACCAAUUGUGGAUCACCUCCUUGCUUCUGUAUGUGACCAGACAUUUCAGGGUGAGCUUGAGAUAACUUUAAGAGGUGACCAUAUCUCCUACUACAAUCAUAUGACAACCAGGAAUGGAGGGCAUAUGACUCUCUAUUGGAGUCAGAUGGCAGGACCCAGUUAUAGUCAGGCCCUUCAUCCCAAUCAAAUCAUAACCUCCUUUUCUGAACAGAAUUCUUUUGGAGAUCAGCAGAGUAACCCAGCAGCUGAUAAUGGAUUCUAUGGAGAUCAAGUGAUAUUGCCAAAUGGAUACCAAGCUUUCUGUGAGCUUCAGAUGAGAGCUAACUGUGACCAAACAAAUGACCAAAUGAAAUCGUUCAGUGGUCAGAAUGUCUGCAAAUAUCAGGAGAGUCUCCUCAGUGGUGAGCGCUCCCUCUCUGAGUAUCAGACAUCCGGCUACAGAUGUGACCAGGAUUUGAUUGUGAAUCCCCAGGUGACAAGUCCAUUUGGUGGCCAGCCUCUCUUUGAUUUUCAGAUACCAACCUCCAGUUUUGACACAACUCUUCCUGGGUCUAAGAGGACAAGAUCUAGUGCAGAAGACAACCUGGUUUGCCCUUUGGAGACAAGUCCCAGUUGUGAAGAGACAUUCUACUUGGGUCAGAUGAGGACCUCUAUUGAUCAAGAUGUUUACCCAAGUCAGAAUGGAACACUCAAUAUUGAAGAAAGCCUUGAUUCUCAGGUGACUUCACUUAGUUACCAAGUUCUGUAUGUGGGUGAAUCCUCAUAUCCUUCACUUUCCCCUUUGAUCCAAAGUCAACCUCCGGAAAACUCAUCAGCUUCCAAUCUAGUCCAGGGACAGCAUCCAGAGAUGAAGUUAGACCUCAAUCCCCAGAUCCCUAUGUGCCAGAAGAACCCUCAUCCUUUGAAAUGCUACUCCUGUACCUAUGAGAAAUGUCAGAAAUCUUACAAAAGGGCUCAACACCUCAAAGAACACAUGAAGAAACACACUGUUGAAAGGCCUUAUGCAUGCAAUAAGCCUGGGUGCACAUGGAAAUUCUCCUGCUCAAAAGAUCUCAAGAGACACAAACAAAAGCACAGUGUGGUGAGGCCCUACCCAUGUCCCAUGUGCAACAAAAACUUUGCCAGAUUGGAGUACCUUAAGCAGCACGUGAGGCACCUUAUUGAAGCAUCAUCCUCCACUGCAACCUGAUUGUCCACAAAUAAUAUCUCCCCUAACAAAACGUCAUUGUCUCUUACCUGUUAGCAUCAGAAUCAGUUUCCAGAUAGCCUCUGAAUCCAGGGAUAAUGUUAUCCCUAGGGGACAAGGACCUUCUUGUGUCUGUUACCAUGGCUACCACAAAGUUCUAAAGUACUCCUCACCUAUGUGCAAUGGUGCCCACCAUUCAUUACUUGGCAUCUAUGUCAAAGCCCAACUAUAUGACAGAGACCCUAACCACUCACCCUUUUUCCUUUUUCUUCUGUUCUUUGUUUUCCCUCCUCUCUCCCAUU